GGACAACAGCCAUUUUUCAUUUCAUUUAAAUAUAUAUUACUUUUUUUUUUCCAGAAAGCCACACACUGUCAUCAAAUGCCCAGAGCGCCAGAGUGUGUGGAAUAAAAGUUGACGAAGGAGAGAAGAGGCAAUAAAGGGGUCUUCUUAUUUUCGACGCACAACUCAUAUUUACACUGAAUAGAUGCCAAUGGAUUGCUCUGCAUUAUCACUAUAAAUUCAUCAUUUAUCCUAAAAGGACGCACCUCAUGGAUAACGACAGCAAGUAAACUAUUGUCCGAUAAAUUAAUCGGCAGAUUAAUCUGGAACGCCUUGUAUCUUUCUCAAAAUUGUUGUAGACUAGCUAUGUCCGCGCUAAGGAGGAAAUUUGGUGAAGAUUACCAGGUGGUGAAUACAAAUAGGGGCACCUCUUACACGGCGCCUGUCAAAAAGAAGCGCCAGCGGUUUGUGGAGAAGAACGGUCGCUGUAAUGUUCAGCAUGGCAACCUUGGUGGGGAGACCAGCAGGUAUAUCUCAGACUUGUUCACCACAUUGGUAGACCUGAAGUGGCGAUGGAACUUACUAAUUUUCAUACUGACAUACACAAUCGCGUGGCUGGUCAUGGCUUCCAUGUGGUGGAUCAUCGCCUACAUCAGAGGAGACCUAAACCAUGGCCACGACCAGUCUUACACUCCGUGCGUUGCCAAUGUCUACAACUUCCCUUCUGCUUUUCUCUUCUUCAUUGAGACAGAAGCCACCAUCGGAUACGGAUACCGCUACAUCACGGAGAAGUGCCCCGAAGGCAUCAUUCUAUUCCUCUUUCAGUCUCUGUUGGGUUCCAUCGUAGACGCGUUCCUCAUUGGCUGCAUGUUCAUCAAGAUGUCCCAACCCAAGAAGCGCGCGGAGACCCUCAUGUUUAGUCAGGAUGCAGUCAUCUCGCAGCGCGACGGCAAGCUGUGCCUCAUGUUUAGGGUGGGAAACCUGAGAAACAGCCAUAUGGUGUCCGCACAAAUCAGAUGCAAACUUAUUAAGUCGCGGCAGACCCCAGAAGGAGAGUUCCUGCCCCUGGACCAGUGCGAGCUGGACGUGGGCUUUGGGACCGGGGCGGACCAGCUUUUCCUGGUGUCUCCCCUCACCAUCUGCCAUGAGAUCAAUCCCAAGAGCCCCUUCUUUGACCUGUCCCAGCGCUCCCUCACGAACGAGCAGUUUGAGAUCGUCGUCAUCCUGGAGGGCAUAGUCGAGACCACAGGAAUGACAUGCCAGGCUCGGACCUCAUACACUGAGGACGAGGUGCUGUGGGGCCACCGCUUCCUGCCCGUCAUGUCCCUGGAGGAGGGCUUCUUCCGCGUGGACUACUCCCAGUUCCACAACACCUUCGAGGUGCCGACGCCCUUGUACAGCGUCAAGGAGUACGAGGAGAAGACCUCCCUGCCCUCCCCGGCGGCCACGCCCACGCUGGGGGAGGCGCGCGGGCGGCGGGACCGGGUCUUCUCGGUGGACUGCAUCGACACCAUCGAGGAGCAGGCGGGGAGGCUGCCCAGCAAGCUGCAGCGGAUGAGCUCCGGGAAGGAGGACCUCCAGCGCAGGGUGCUGAGGACGGGCCCGCAGCCCGCCGGCAGGGCCUCCAGCACGGGCGACCUGCCGCUCAAGCUCCAGCGCGUGGGCUCCGUCCCAGGCCCCGGCGACGUCGAGGAGCGGCUGCAGCUCCGGGCCCUCAAGCUCAGCUCCGAGCCCCUGACCCAGUCCACCGGGGACCUGCAGAAGCACAAAGCGGCGGCGCCUGCCCCGGUCCCCGCCCCAGCUCCCGCCCCCGCCCCCGCCCCUGCUCCCGCCCCCAGCCACGCCCCUCAGGCGGGAGGAAGGCCCGAGGACAACCUGCCGGCCAAACUGCGGAGAAUGAACGCUGACCGCUGAACCGCAGACACUAGCGAGGCCUCAGGAAUGCCCGACCGAACUCUACACCUGUACAGAUGCCUGAAAGACAAACCGGUUUGUCUGAAGGGAACCAACAAACUGAGGAAGGACAGAGCGACUUUGCGACACUAUUUUAACGGGGACUACUGUGAUUUUUGCUGCUUUUCUCCUUCGCUUUAGAGCAAUGGCGUAUUCGCACCGAUUCCCUGCAUCUUACACUCAGAGGAGACCACUGAAACUUCAGAGGGGACCGACGCCCGUCCCUGUGACUGAUCUGAUCCAGCCAUUUUUAGGAAGCCCCACCUGUGACUCCUCUGUCCUCUCAUCACUGUGUGCAUGUGAGAAACACAGACUUCACCCGAUCUCCAUCUCUCCUGCCCUACCACAAUGCAACAUCUCAAUUCCUGGUUUUCAAUACAUUCACCACUGCUAUUCUUUUGAAAUAAUAAUAAUAAUGAUAAUUAUCAUAAACGGUGCAUUUUUAGCUCUUUACAUGCUUUAAUCUUCAGUUUAUUUAUUUGUGCCAUUUGUUUUUCUAUUGACUGGAUAGAGCUCAGGCUUUGUAAUGCAUUAGUCUUUUUGGGCACUCUCCGAGUCAGCUUUCUCCAGCAACGUUUUGUAGAUAUAUGAAUCCAUGCCUCCUUAAACAGACAAUCAAUGCUCUCAAUAUUUCCUUGUUAAUUUAAUUUGCAUAUGAAAUGAGAUGCCUGUAUGGGCUGGUUGAUGACUGAAUUGCAACCUGAAGUACUAAUAUUUUAAAAAUGAAAACAAAUAUUUGAAUAUUUAACUUGUGCUCCUGGAAAUAAUAAAAUAAUAUUUGCAAACUACGUA